ACCAACCAUAACCAGUCCCAGCGAGCCCACUCGCUGAAUCGUGACUUUCAAGCCACAAACCUAAUACCCACCUCAUCCAGUGGGGUGUACCCGAGAACUCACUCUCAAUUUGAACCUAGCAUUCAACACAGUUUUCCCCAUUUCCUAGCCCCCUUCUUUCAACCCCAACCGGCCCCACCAGCUGCGGAAAACACGUCUCCCCUAGUCACACGUAUUUACCACUCUAGAUACUCUACCCGGAGCACCUCGCUCACCAUACGUCAAGACACGCGACGACACUGAACUCAAAACACCAAAAGACGCAACUCCUGAUCUCCUACAUACAGCCAUGUCAGACCCAGUCCAUUCACCGGAAGGGGGAGCAGCCGAAACCCCAAAUGCCCCGUCUGCACCCGUGGAUCCCCCUAAAGCUCGCAAAGCCUUUAUCCCUCUCGAAUGCAAUCCCGAGCUGAUGACCGCCUUGGUGCACGAACUAGGGCUGUCUGAGAGCUUGGCUUUUCAUGAUGUCUUCUCCCUUUCUGAUCCCGAACUUUUAGGAUUCAUCCCGAGGCCCGCUCUUGCGCUUCUACUCGUUUUCCCGGUUACUGAGAACUAUCGGCAGCACCGCAUCGCGGAAGAUGCAGGUAAAGAAGAAUAUUCAAAGCAGGGUGAUGGAGAAGAUCCGGUGUGGUUCAAGCAGACAAUCAAGAAUGCCUGUGGGUUGAUUGGUGUCUUGCAUGCGGUUUGCAAUGGGGAGGCCAGAAACAUGAUUGGCGGCGAUUCUUCACUCAAAGAGCUACUUUCAAAAGCCCUGCCUCUUCCACCUCUCGAGCGUGCCCAAGCUCUGGAGGACUCCCAAGAACUGGCAUCAGCACACAAGUCUGUGGCGACCCGAGGAACUUCUACAGUUCCAGAUGCUGAGGACGACGUGGAUCUGCACUACGUGUGCUUUGUCAAAGCGAAGGAUAAUCACCUUUACGAGCUCGACGGUUCAAGGAAGGGACCUCUAGAUCGCGGGGAUCUCGGAGAUGAUGAUGUCUUGAAUGAUCGGGCGGUGAAGGUGGUCCAGAGUUUCAUUGAUAGGGAGAAGGAGAGUGGGAGUCUCCAAUUCAGCCUUGUCACCUUGGCCCCGGCCCUGUAAUGAGGGACGGUACUCUACGUAGUGAAAACUUCAAUGCUACAUAAUUAUGGCGCCACGGAAA